AUGGACCAUGAAGAGGAGGCACCUCCGCCAUAUUCCGCCGUCGAUCCGCUGACUCGAAAUGCCAUUGCAUCGGCCGAAGUAAAUCGGGUCAUACUCCGUCUCCGAGGGGGAGAUGUCUCACUUGGUGAUGCUGCCUCAAGCGAUAGCUCCAGUUCCGUCGUACUUGCCUCCUCUCCGCCUACGCCCGCCAACUUCACUUCCGCCACCGCUUACUUCGUUGAACGCCCGGUCCCUACCAUUGACAAUGAACGGCCGAUCCUCGAGCACCACCUAACCAUCUACCCGCGGAGUCAGUCCAAGGACUUUCCUCGUCGCCCUCGUUGCUGGGGUGCACGCACUGAGCACAUCAUCCAGCAGGACUGGGACAUGUUCUUGCGAUAUCUGUUUCCUCCCCAUCUCGGCCUCGCUUCCUCCUCCGAUCAACUACCUCCUCAGGUUAGGGCUCAGAUCCAACGAGAUCGCAAAGACCGCCCACAAGAGACAGACGAGCAGCGUCGGAUGCGAAUAUCGGCUGUGAUCACUGAAUGGAACCAAUACUUCUUCGAACCCCGCGCAACUUGCAUCACGUUUUCCUACAUCACCGACGCACAAAAUGCACCGGCAUCUCCUCUUUGUCCUAGAUGCUACCCUGCUGCCACCCGGGUCUCGCAGGAGAAUCGGACAGCGGUGACGGUGCGGCCUACUCCAUCUUUAACUCCGAGACAACCCAUGUCCCCGCUAUCACCUCCAGCAAGCAAUCGCCACUCUCCUGCGCCUUACGCAUACCCGAGUCCACAGCAUCCGCCACUGCCUCCUACUCCACAUACACCUUACGGUGCUCCUCAAUACUAUCAUCCUCCACCUCCUCACCAUGCUACAUACCCUUAUUCUCCCCAACCACAUAUAGCCUAUCAACACAACGCUUCUUGGAACUGGAAUGCUCGGCCUUGGCCCCCUCCGCAGCAAAACUCGAGUUCUAAAAGUGGACCACUGGGCUGGAUAUCGUCGCUCGCUUCCCAGGCCCAGAAGUAUGGAGAUCAGAUCAGUGCGCAAGCCUCACAUUAUGGCCGACAGGUAGAAGAGCACGCCAUGGCGCAUGGUCGGUGGAUAGAAGAACAGGCUAGCCUCCAAGGGCGAAAGAUGGAAGAUGUUUUCACCGGCCUGGUCAGCCGACCCCGCAACGAAUGGCCCGCCACUGAUGCUCGCGGCCAGGUUUACUAUCCAAACGGGUAUAACUAUCCUUAUACGCCUGCUAUCAACGCUGUCGAGCCCGUCAAACCUAUUGAGCCCGCGGCCACACUACCUGUCCAACGUAUCCGUAGGUUAUCCACUGGUUCGGCCUCCUCUGACUCGUCAUUGGAAUCGAUUGACUCGUUAUCCACCACCUCGGAGCUGAGCACAUCCGAUCUGGCUACGGUUCGGGCGCAGCUCUUGUCGCUCGAAGACCACCAUGACCGGGAUUUGCAUGAAGCUGCGGUAGGGCUGCGACGGCAGCUCACCGUUUUGCAGGAGUCUCGCCGUCGGGACCGGCUCGCCGGACGCAAUUGGCGGCAGGGGUGGGGCCAGUACCCACAACAGCAUGGCUACGGACGCGGCUGGGGUGGACGAUGGGAAUCGCCACAGCAACAUGAACAAAGUGCCGCUGAGAAACGGGCCCUGAAAGAGGAGACGCGGGCCACGCGGAAGGCCUUCCGGGAUAUCGAAGGUCCUCCGCCGGAGUCCAGUCUCGAGCAACAGGUGCAGAAUCUGGACCUCGACCAUAACCGCGAGAGCCAAUCGACGGUCCAAUCUUUCACAUCCAUCCCUUCGCCAGCACGGUCCGUUGCCGAGAUUAGCGUGAUCAGUACCCCUAGCACUGUGUCUUCACAUCAUCUUCUGGAAGAUGAGCCGCCAAGUAGUGGCAAAGAAAACCAAAAACAGGCCGAUACGGGCAAACAAAGCCCGAAGGAAGCGGAGAAGAUCAAACGCAAGGAGGUGCCGGGGCUAGAAGAGAAAGGCAAAAAGUCUGGUUGA